GUUACUGCUUUUUGCUGAAUACCCUCCACGGCUCGUAAACAACAAUAGUGGCGUUUGGUCCAAUUUAUCGUGUCUCGCUUUCUCUGAUUGUUGAGGAAUAGACAUGUAUGGUGUUAAACGUUUUAAGUUAAACUGUUACGAUGUGCACGGCCCCUGUUCAAAGUCAGUUUUUUUUUUUCUUGGCCUGACGGUAACUUGCUAAUGUUUUUGGAGCAGGCCUGGAAAUGGUGGGGCGCGGGGGAACGGAUAACAGAUCCUUCUCUCCCUGUCUCCACCCUGCACCUGCUGGUUCCCCCACUCCAACUCCUCUCUGCAGCCAUGUGGCAAGUGCUGCAGCAUCAAGACGUGUUGCAUUAUGGGAAACUGGAGGAGUUUGUGUCUCUGGUGAUGGAGACGUUCCCAGAGCUGCUGAGUGAGAGCCAGAGGACCGAGCUCACUCUGGGGCUGCAGGACAUGUCCCCAGCAGAGAUUGGCUGUAAAACUGACCCAGCUCUAGAGGUUCUGUUGUGGGAUUUCCUUUCCAGACUGGAACAGCUGCUGCCGGUACCAGACCUCAAACAGACAGUGUCCUGGCUCAGUGUUGCCCCCUCUGUCCUGGAGGUCUGUGUGCAGUCUGUUUCUUACCCAGACCAGCUGAAGACCCUUCUCAGGCACCACAGAAGUCUUGGACAGUUGGACAUGAAUGGGACACUUCCCUCCAUGGAGGACUACAAGCUGUCCUCUAUGUCCCGCCCUCCCUCUCAAAGUGUGGUGGAUUCUACCAAGCUGACGAACAGCAAGAGCCAAUCGGAAUCCGUAACUGACUGCAUGAACUGUUUAAGCCCCGCCUCUUCAGGUGAAGACAUAAAUGCAGAAUCUCUGAUAUACAGCUCAGAUUACACAGGGGUAGAGUCAAAGCCAAGUUUGAACAGAUGUGAAGACACAGAGGAGAAGACAGAGAGGAUGCGUGGAUAUCUGUUGAGCAGAGAGCAAAAAUACAAACUAACCAACAUGAAGGAGGAAGAUGGGGUGAGGCAGAGUGUGAAAAUUGAGAGAGAGGAUGGUGUGAGAGAUGGAGAGAGACACAGGAAGGAGGAAGAAGAAGCGAGGGAGGAACAUAUAACUGAUCAAACUGGCAAAUUGGUGCAGAAUGUAGUAAAAACAGAACAUGGACAACAGGAAAGAGAGGAUCUGUCUACUGUGGUCACUUCCUGUCGGGUAAAACAGCCUAGAGUGCUGAUUGCCCGACUAGAAAUUGCCUCCACACCUUCUCUCUCCUCGGGACAAGCUGUUGAAGCGUCGUAUCGGGUCUUUGCCUGCUCCCAGUGCCCAUUCGUUCACACAGAGGAAGUGAAUUUUCAGCAGCACAUUGAGAUGGUUCACCCAGAGGAGCUGAACAGGACUGUGGUGUCCCAGCAACCUCCCAGCACCACAAAUCAGCACCCCACCCCACCUAAGACACCCCCCACUCUUACACGGUCCGGCACUUUACGGGCCCACACAUGCUCCCAGUGUGGGAAGAGUUUCCGUAAUUUAUAUCGUCUGAAGGUGCACAAACGUACUCACACAGGGGAGCGUCCCUUCCCCUGCUCCCAGUGUGGAAAGAAUUUCAGCCGCUCUGAGACUUUGAAACAACACCUACGAACCCAUACAGGUGAGCGCCCGUACCACUGCUCCCAGUGUGGUAAGAGUUUCAAUAAGUCGAGUUAUUUGAUACAGCACCAGCGAACCCAUACUGGUGAGCGCCCGUACCACUGCUCCCAGUGUGGUAAGAAUUACAGAUUUUUACGUAGUCUGAAGUUACACAGGCAAACUCAUACGGGUGAGCGGCCGUACCAGUGCUCCCAGUGUGAGAAGAGUUUUACUCGGCCUUAUUCUUUGAAGAAACACCAGCGAACCCAUACCGGUGAGCGUCCUUGCCACUGUUCCCAGUGUGGGAAGAAUUUCACGAAUUUAUAUGAUCUGAAGGUACACAGGCGAACUCAUGCAGGUGACUGCCUGUACCAGUGCUCCCAGUGUGAGAAGAGUUUCAAUAAGUCGAGUUAUUUGAAACAGCACCAGCGAACCCAUACUGGUGAGCGGCCGUACCAGUGCUCCCUGUGUGAGAAGAGUUUCACUCGGUCUUGUUCUUUGAAGAAACACCUGCGAACUCAUACAGGUGAGCGCCCAUACCACUGCUCUCAGUGUGGAAAGAGUUUUGGCAGAUCAGAUAAACUGAGGCUGCACCAGCGACUUCAUAUAGGGGAAUGCCCCUACCACUGAGUUUCAGUCAGUCAUACAAUUUGAAGGUACACCAGCAAACUCACACAGGGUAACGUCUGGAACACUCGCAAAUUUGCCAGGGAGAGGACACGCAUGCCCCCAUGCACAGUGACGAAGACUGAGAGGAAGGCCAAGAAUAUCCCAAGACCUGCAUUGUUUCGUGGAAUCUUCAUGUUAUCAAGCUGCAUAAUACUUGUUGGAUGCCACCUCAACAAGCACUUUGGAAGGGUUGCACAAAAGCAGCCCUUGCAGAGAGCAACCUGUAAAUUUAAGUGCCUGACCUUUGCCAAGCACCAUUUGAACUACAAUUUUCAUCGUGUGUUGUGGUCAAAUGAGUCCAAACAGCUUCUGUCUAGUGGCUGGUUGCACUAAUGUGUUAACUCAACUGGAACCCUUUAUAAAUGGCUGUUUUCUCUUUUUUUUUUUUUUUUUUUUUUGAAAAAUAAAGAAAUUCUGACAUCUGUUAGUUUAAGUCUUUGCAGCAGUUGUCUGGAAAAUUAGACAGCAUGUGUGUCCUCACCAAAAUUAUUGAACAUCAAUUUGAAAAUAUCACUUAUUGCCACCUUA